AUGAUCACAGUAUAGAAGAUAUUUAUCUGGAUCAGAUGAUGAAGAUCAUACAGCUCCAGAUCUAUCUGUUGAUGUGGUCUCAAGCUGCAGAGAGUCUAACAAACACCGCAGUAACUUUAGGAGCUGAUGUGAUUAUAAGCUGUGAUCUUGAUAUAGAGGAGAUUUACUGGUACAAACAGAAAUCACCGAAUCCUCCAGUGUUGAUCUUACGCACUUAUGAUAGCACAUAUGAAAAAGCUAAAUAUGAAAACAGCAUCUUCAAACUCAAAUACUCAGUGAAAACUAACAGCAGUCUGCUCAUCAGAAAUGUCAGCACGGAUGAAUUAGGAGUUUAUUAUUGUGUGAAAACUAGUGAACCACAAAAAUUCAGCAAUGGCACUAAAAUCUACAUCAGCAACUCGGUCCACAGGAAUCAGACAGAAUCACAUGAUUGUUCACAACAUGAGACACAAUGGAGAAACCUGCCCAUCAUCACAUCUGUCCUGCUGAAUGUGCUUUUGAUCAUUGCAUUAAUAGGUAUGGUGAAGAGCUACAUUAAUGUUACUGGAAGAUCAAUGAAUUACACUGCAGCUAAAAACUCUAAUAACCUACAGUGUGCUGAAAUUGAUUUUUCUAUGUGUGCUGGUAACAUCAAGCUGAACCAGGAGCAGACUCUGAGGUAA